AUGACACCAAAUUUAUUUGAUGUGUACACGAUUUUAGGAUUGUUUAUGGAUGACGAGCCUGUUACAUGUUGUCCUAUCAGUGAUCUACGUAAGUUCAUAGAGGACAAUUUGGGUAUAGUCCCUACUGAAGGCAACUUGACAACCAUAAAGCAUUUAUGGUCGAAGGUUCAUUUUUGGGAAUUGCCACCUGAUGCUUCCCCUGUGCAAAUAGUCAGAUAUAUUCGAUCCUAUUUACUCUUCCUCAUUAGUGUUAUCAUUUUUGCUGAUGCAUCAGUUGCAACAGUCCCAACAAGGUACCUGCAAUUCCUUGAAGAUAUUGAGCAAGCUAACAAAUAUGCAAGGGGUGCUGCAGCCCUUGCAUAUCUAUAUCGUUCACUUGAAAAAACUUGUACUUUCAAGCGAAGACAUUUCAGUGGUUCUGCCACUCUUAUGCAAGUAAUAUGGAAUCCGUACUUCAAGCCUGAUGAGGCAAAUUUAGGAUGA